AUGCGCUCCAACACGCUCCUCCUCGUCCUUACCCUGUGCACCAGCGCCCUGGCAGCAGACGAUGUAGUGACGAUGUUCAUCCCAGACAACGAAAAAGGCCAGGCCCUUGCCGGAAAAGUCCUCGGAUCGCAAUCCGACACAACCACAUACGCCCUCGCCUGCGCAGACUCCGUCAAGACCUGUGAUCUUCCCAGCGGCGACAGCAUAACUGUAGUCCACGCACCGUCUACAAUGAGCAUACUCGAAAACGGCGCAAAGCACAACGUUACUAUAGCAUGCGACCACGGCCACAAGAGCGCGACCUGUUCUCUCCAUGUCGACGAUGGUGGCUGGACCGGCACAACAACCUACCCUGUCCACUCGUAUGCGGUGACUGUCACUGCGACGGAGACGGAGACGGGUUCGUCUGGUGAUACUUCUGCUUCUGCUUCUGCUUCUCCCUCGGGUACAACCUGGACUUCGUCUUCUGUUGCACCGACGAGUUCGCCUAGUAGUACGCCUACUGAUGGUGAGGGUUCCGAGGAGACAGAUGGCCCGGGGAACGGGGCUGGGGCUAUAGGACAGGAGGCUGGGAUGUCGUUUGCUGCUGGGGCUGCGGCUGUGGCGGUGGGUGUUGCUGCUGCUGUUCUUUAG